AUGGCGCUGAGGGAGCUCAAAGUGUGUCUGCUGGGGGACACGGGUGUGGGUAAAUCAAGUAUUGUAUGGCGGUUCGUGGAAGACAGUUUUGACCCGAACAUCAACCCAACUAUAGGGGCAUCCUUUAUGACCAAGACUGUCCAGUACCAAAAUGAGCUACAUAAAUUCCUAAUCUGGGAUACAGCUGGACAAGAACGAUUCCGUGCCUUAGCGCCCAUGUACUAUCGAGGGUCGGCUGCAGCUAUAAUUGUGUAUGAUAUCACAAAAGAAGAGACCUUUUCAACACUAAAGAAUUGGGUAAAGGAGCUUCGACAGCACGGCCCACCUAAUAUUGUAGUUGCCAUUGCAGGAAAUAAGUGUGAUCUUAUCGAUGUGAGAGAAGUCAUGGAGAGAGAUGCUAAGGAUUACGCCGACUCCAUCCAUGCGAUUUUUGUAGAGACCAGUGCAAAAAAUGCGAUAAACAUCAAUGAACUCUUUAUAGAAAUUAGUCGAAGAAUUCCAUCCACUGACACCAACCCGCCAUGUGGCGGGAAGGGCUUCAAACUCCGGAGACAGCCCUCAGAGCCCAGGCGAAGCUGCUGUUGA